UCUGCUUCUUCCGUUCGCAGCCGAUGGCGCCCAGCUCACACUCCCACCGCCUCGCCUGCCCGGUUUUAGUUCUAUGGUAGACCGCCAACCGCACUAAUACCUGGCCCUAGCUCUUCCCCUUCCUCCCCACUAUACUGUACGCCGGCUAUUUAUUCCGGUCAUUCAUGGUUCUAAAUUCUUCAGUUUCUGAGCUUCAAUAGCCAUCAAAUCUCCAACCGUAAUUUCCUCUCCCUGCUAGCCGCCGCUCUCUCCUCCUUCCCCUUGCUUCUCUCCCAUGCAGCGCCGCCCCGCCCUUGAAGCCGACCCGGCCGCCCGAGCUCAAGCCCCGAGCUGCGCAGCCACCCAGCCCCACCCGCAGGUGCCGCGACCCGGCCACCCGCGUCCGACCGCACUAGGAAGCCGCCAGGACCCGCUGCCGUGCCCCUGCACCUGCACGCCCGCGACGCCCAGGCGCGACUGCCUCGCGCCGCCAUCCACCGAGCCCCAGGCGCGCAACCCCGGGAGCCGAACCAAGCCGACCGCCUUGCCCUUCCUCGACGCGCGAAACUAGGAGCAGCCGCGCCAGCCGUGACUCGACCGACCUCGAGCGUCCACCUCGCCGUGACCGACGCGCCCUGCGCACAUCCUCG